GGUUUAUUUGUAUUGUUUGGUUAUCAAGCGUCCAGCGUAGUCGAAAGCGUACUAUCUCGGCCGCAUUCCUCGACCAUUGCCGUUCAUUCGCUCGCAGUUUGAAUUUGGCGCGCGAACAGUAGCCGUCUCCCGCGCCUUGACUUGACAGCCACAGUCGGACUCGCCCUGCGGACCGCCGCCCGUGCGAUGCCCAGAACUUUUAGUUUUAUUUUGUUUUUAUUUAAUUCAGUGGUUCUACCGGACUGGUUUUUAUUAAACACGAAGAGACUAAGUUUAGUUUAAGUGAACAAACAGUGAUCUAAUGGAAUAAACAGUGCUUGAUAGUAACGGACGCUGCACCCACGCCGCAUCGUAAGUUUAUAGUACCGCGUACUACGAUAUUUAUGAUGUUCGAAGAGAGAAGAGUUAAUAUCGAGGGUGUACCCUUGAACUCGGCGUCAGCAGGUGCGGCAAACAUAUUUCUGAAUUCUGGUAAAAAUACUAAAGCGAAAUCCGAUGGGACUGUCAUUCAUCUCAACACAGAAAAACCUGCGGAGGUCGGCGUACAUAUAAACACGACACUAUCGAUAGCGUCUUCUAAGAAAAUAAAGCUGUUAUUCAUACUGAACUUUUUGUUGAGUGUACUGUGUAUGGUGAUAAGUAGUUCCAUAGCAUUUUACUACUGGAAUGAGAUGAUUUCAAUGAGAAGACAACUGGAGACUAUGAGAGAUCAGUUUGUAUAUCAAAGUGUGAAGGAUGGACAUCAAGAUAAUAUUCAGCAGAGUGCAUUAACCUCCGUGAGGUCUUAUAAACCUGAAAGUGAGCCCCGGAUGGACCCUAGUGUUGAUGAGUCUAAACCUCGGAGAUAUUAUGUUGAAGACUUGGGUGAAGAUAUGUUAUUAGUAGACUCAAGCAAGAAGGCAGAGAAACAAGACAAGACUGAUGAGCCUGUAUUAGGCCUACCAAUAUUUCAAAAAGAACUUCUAGUCGCUCAAUUUAAUGGUGCUAUGAGUGAAAUCCACUUGGGAUCAAAAUCAAUAAUUGGUCCAUGGGAGCGUGACGUGAACGUCUCGUCUAAAGACAGCGAGUCCAAGAUAGAGCUGCAUUCUGAAAAAGACUACGUCACGAUCAAAGAGAGUGGACUUUAUUUAGUCUAUGCUCAAAUAGUAUACUUAUCCCGAGCCCCGAACUGCUACUUCCUCUGGGCGCGGCAGUCCUCACAGCCGCGUCUGCUGUCCACCUGCGCCACCGGCGACAACACCUCCAACAAGAACCCCAAACAGGCUCAGAUGUCCUGCUCCGUACAGACGGUAGCCAGGUUCAAUACAGGCGACACCGUGAACCUGGCGCAGAGGGAACCCAACCAGAUACUGUGGCUGAGGCCCGGGAACUCUUACUUUGGGUUUGUGAAACUUAGUUCCUAAUAUGGCUGUGAAUGUGAUAAUGUUUGAGCGGCGGCGGCCCCGCGUGUGUGGUUACACUGGUGAAAACUUGAAUUCUGAAAAUAUAAUUACAUGAAUAGUUGCAAACUGAGUUAUAUUAAAAAAUACGUAGUUGGAAGGGUCCCCGGUUCUCCAUACAAACGUAGUUACGUUAGAUUGCUCUGAAACUUUGUACUUACAAUAGGAUAAGGUAUAUCUAUGUCUGUAAUUAGUUUAUGUAGCUUCAGACACUAUAGUUAAAAAAAUACAGCGAAUUUAAGUUUUUCAUACAAAACUUGUUUUUGCUGUAUUUCGUUUGUUUUAUAAACUGGAACUAUAUAAACUAAUUACAGACCUAACCUCAUGUCAUUGUAUGCGCAAAGUUCCAUUACAAUCCAACACGUAGUUUUAAAAUGAGAACGAAACUCCGUGCCAUGUACCAUCCAAAUUUUUGUUUGGAUUUACGGGCACCUAUAAAAUAGUGACAUUAUCAUAUGUCUUUAUAGUUUCUUCAUAAAGCUACUAAGAGUAGGUAUUUCGAGUUUUCCUUUUGUACAGUUAGGAUUUCGACUGGUUCAGGAUUUUUGAAUACAACAUUGACAAUCAAACUAAACGAAUAAUAAGUUUUGUAACAGUCCAAAACGACACGCGGGGCUAAAGUGACAACGGAAUGGUGCUAAAUAGUUUAGUAAACGUGAUAACGUCUCGGGACAUUAUUUAGUAUAAGAAAUGUAGAAUUAUAAGUAAAAUUUACGCUUUAAAUCGUGCUGAGUACGUGAGGCGAACAAACUUUUCGAAAUGAUGUACAGUGUUGUAU